GGGACAGAGCAAUAAAUUCGAGAAACUGACUUGUGUUUGAAAUAGUUAAGAACUUAGAAUGUAGGUUUACUUUGUUAUUUCAAAUCAGGUUGGGGGAGAAAUAAAUUAUUCAUAAAUGAUGUUGAGUCAACUGACUAACCAUUCAAAAGAUAAAAUAAAAUUAGAGCCUUAUCUAUUACCACUUACAAAAAAUCACUUCCACAUGGAUUUGAGAGUUAAGUCUAUUAAAAGAGAAAAGUGGGCUUAAAUGGCCCAGCAGCCCAUGGGUCCCAGGGCAGAGAGAUGGGGGAGACCCGCCUGGGCCCCGGGGGGUCUGCUGGGUCACGCUUUGCCUGGAAUCCUGCACUGCGGAAGCCUGAGGUCCUGGAGACGCCCAGACCUUGUGGCUUCCCCAUGGUGGGCUGGGGCUGUCCUGUCUUGAGCCCUCAGGCUAAAGUGUAACUCUGAAGUCCUCUUCUCCAGGCUGUCCUAGUGCUGAGGCUCAACUCUCCAAUCUGUAAAAUGGCCUAACAGUGAUGCACUUUCUGACUUGAAAGUCUGUAGUGAGGACUGCAUGUGGGAAUCACCCAGUGGGUGGGACACUUGGGAGGUGACCUGGGAGAGAAGCUGGGGCUGCUGGCUUCAUGGGAGAAAGCAGGCAUUUGGCGUAAUCAGUCCUUCCACAGCCGUCUCACGUCGUGCUCACUGGUGACCAGGGAAGGACAACACAGGAGGGGCUGCUGGGAUGGAGAGCAGAGAUCCAGGUCUCGGCUGCAUCCCCGAGGGGACUGGGGCCCCCAAGUAAGGAGACGUCCAGACGCUCUGGGCGGCAGUCCUUGGGACUCCUCCUCACCUCCUGCCAGAGGCCCUGGGGGACUCUACAAGUCUCGGGGCACAAGGCCCUGAGCAAGCUCACUGGCCCCGUCGUGGAGAACUGAUCUGAUUACAGAAGAUGUCCGCCUUCCCUUUGUCCCCCUGAGUCUCUGGGGGAGAGCUGGAUUAAGCUGAAUUAAGAGGCAGGUGAUGAGCCCAGGUGUUGGGCGCUUGGGCAGGAGUCUCCAUGGUAACAGAGCCAUCUGGCUUUCUUGCCUGGCACCAGGCCUUGUGACUUCACGAUGGAAUCUUCUCUGACAGGCAGAGGGGGAUUUGCUAGGGGGAAGGGGAGGUCAGGAGGAAGGCACCUGCUGAGGAGGCUCUGUCUUUUCAGCCCGACUGUGAAGAUGAGACUUGAUCUUGUCAUGAGUCGGGGCUACUGCUGACUCUGGAACGGCCUCUGGAGGCGGCGUCCCAGGGACAGGGCAAGCAGCAUUGUGCGUGUGCCAUUUUGCUGAGCCCCUCUGGGGACCUGGAGGCACACCUGGCCUCCUUCAAUCCAGGCCUGGAUGGUGAAGUGGAGCCAGGACCCAGGCGGGAAAGGCUGCGGUUCAGGAGAGCUGCUGGCCCCCGGCAGGGAGGUCCACGCUGGGCCAGCACUACCACAUGGCAGGAAGGACGUCCCAGAAGAGCUGCGAGGCUGAGCCCAGAGUCUUGCCCUCUCAGAGCCUCCUGCAGGAGGACGACCCAGAGCCCCCGUCCCAGCAACUGCAGGCCACCGGUUCAAGGGGCAGUGAGCCCCGCAGCAACCUUGACCUCUCCCGUGGGCCCCUGGUGGCCUUGGAGUACCUGCCCUUCUUUCGCACCUACGGGCAGCUCCUGGCUGAGGAGGAGCUGGCCCCGCGGCCCGAGGUUUGCAGGGACCGAGGAGGAGACCAGAGUAUCAGAGAGGAGGACUCAGAACCACCCAGUGGCUUCUUCCCUUACUACCGCUCCAAGGAGGAGCGUUUUCCCAGCCUGGCCCUUCCUGGCAGGUGGUGUGCAGGCUCCCGUGACCCGCCCGCCAGGAGGGAGCUGCAGGCUUGCUGCUACUGCAGGACGACAGUCAGCGGCAGGUGUUCCGCUGGCCCGGCAGGCCCAGACCUCAUCUCUGGGCUCUCUCGCUCACCGACUCGCUGCCCCACCCUGCUGGUCUCGGCAGGGCACUCCCGUGACAGCGGCUUGGAUGCGCUUGUCUCCAGCGACGUCGCCUUCGGGGGCCAGGCCCUGUGUGCUCCAGGAUUCGUGCCUUACUACAGAAGCCCUGAGGAGUGUCUGCGCACGAGCCCUGGGCCUCCCGCCUGUCCAGUUUGGGGCCAGGAGUCCACAGGGAAGCUGCCCGGGCCUGGUGCAGCCUCACUGCGCCGGAGCAGGUGCUGGGGGCGGCAGGGACGACCGAAGAAUGGCCCCCAGCACCUGAUGAUUAGCACACAGGCCGUGAAAUGGCUGGCGGUGAGUUACCAGAGCUCAGUUCGCCCUGGACCUGGAGCUGGCCUGGGACUGCAGCCUUCAGGCCUUCAUUUUCCCUCCCGGCGGGAGGACUCCAAGCCCCGGCAGGCUCCCCUGUUGGGCUGGAAAGAAGACCCUGCACCCUGCUAGCCAGUGGCUCUACCCUGGGGUGUGACUCAGCAGAGGGGAGACCUCAGCCUGUACCCUACGUUCAGCCCCACCCCCAGGAAGUGACCCUCCCACCCCAGCUGCUUCCACUCAGCUAUCCUAGCUGGGAAACCUGCCCAGUGGAGAGCAGCUGCCCCAAAAGUGCCUCCACUAAGCAGAAGGGGCAGGGCUGGCUGGACACCUGGGAGGCGCAGAGACCAGAGACGAGUUUGUAAAUAAAUCAUUCGACUACAAGGGUUGGCGUUGGUGCACUAAUUUGAUGCUUUGAAGUAAUACCUGUGGCUUCUGUGUAUUGAGCAUUUACUAUGGACUAGGCACCUCACAGAGACCGUCUCCAUAAUCCUUAGGGGCAUACACUUGUGUCAUCGCCAUUCUACAGUUGAAAACACAGGCUCAGAGAGGUUAAGUAACAUGCCCGAGCUCACACAGCUCACCAACAGAGGAGCUGGGAGUCACACCCAGGUCUGUCUGACCGGGGGUGGGUUGGGGGGGCUGAGUGCUUGAGCCCUUCCCCACAUGCCCCUCCUCCGUGAGUCUUUACACGGCAAGGACAGAGCCAGCUGCUGCCUGCCAGGCUCCCUUGGACCCACCCCCAGCUCUCCUUUCCUCACUGCCCCUCUG